AUAGAUGAAUAUUAUAUAGAUGUAAACCUUUUCAUUUGAUUUUCUGAACUUUCAGUUUGAGAUUUUUUUAUAAUGCUGAUAUGAGAAAGACAUGUAUAAACUGACAUUUGAAUUUCUUCAUGGCUACAUAAAGCCACAGCUUGUGGAAUCUUUGAGGUCUUCAUGUUCAAGGCCAUCUGGCAAGUUCUGUCCUCAAAAAUAUCGUGCCCAGAGCUCCUAUGUGGAAGAGACGCUCUUUGGAAACUCCCAAAAGGACCAAUGUGAUACUUCAGCACCCAGACAUCUGUCCCGAUCAGAGGAUCCGUCUGGACUGUCCAUCAUCCUGUCACCAUCACAGAUACAACGAAUCAUGGCGGAAUCUCGCAUGCUUACUAAAAAGGAGAGGGAAGCCGUGUUGGAGGCAAAACAUAAGAAGAGGGAGGAGGAAAUGAUCGCUAUAGAGGAAAGAAAGGCUUGCAUUCGGCAAGCAGAAAUGGACCGAAAAAGGAACCAGGGUCUGAGCGACAUUGAGGCAGAUGCCCAACAACAAGCGCAGUAUCUCUUGGAAAAAGCCAACGCCAUGAGAAUGGAGCAGGAGGAUGAAAUCAGAAAACUCAACAAGGUGAUACUGGAUGCACGAUGCAACGCAGUACGGGACACUCAGAUCCUAGAAAAGAAGCAGAUCCAGAAGGAGUUGCAUGAGGAGGAACUGCGGCUGCACUCCAUAAUGGAGGCGAGCCGGCAUCGGGCGCUCGAGGCUGAAGAGCAGACUGAGAAGCGUCGCAAGCAGCAACACAUCCUGGGAAGGGCACAGAUCCAGAAACAGAUGGAAGAGCGGCUGGAGGAGAGGCUGCUGCAGGACGAGAUGAAGGAGCAAGAGAACCAAAAGAUGCUGGAGAAACUGAAAAAGAUUCAGAUGGAAGAGUUAGAGGCCCUGCAGAGGAAGAAAGAGCAACAGGAGCAACUGCAACUGGAGGUUUUCAAAAUCAACCAGGAGACUCUGCGUGCCAAGGAGCUCAGGUUGGAAGAGGAGAGGCUGGCUGACCAGCGCAACCUGGAAUAUAUCCAGCAAAAGAUGGAGCGGGAGGCACAACAUGAGGAGGAGCAAAGGAAGAUCAAGAAGGAGAAGGAGCUGGAGCUGGCACGACUGCGGGCCCUCCAGGAGAGAGAAAGGGACCGCAAAGCUGAACAGGAUGAGCUGCGGGCACGGAGGAAUCAAGAAGCAGCUGAAAGAGAGUGGAGGAGAAAGCAGAAAGAGAAGGCCCAGAAGGAGCUGGAAGAGGUGGAGAAGCUGAAGGCAACGUGGCUGCAGCAGAUCACCCAGAAAGAGCAUCUGCUCUCCAUCCAGGCGGCACGUAACAGAGCGGCGUUUGAAAGAGUCUUAAGGUCCCAGAAGGAAGCCAUCGAUCGUGCUCUGGAGGAAGAGGAGACACGGAGGCAGCGAAUGGCACGCCACGCUGAGGGAAUCCGGCAGCAGAUGAAGGAGCGUGAGGCUCAGGCUGUUGAGAAUCGCAGGGAAAGGUUACGAAGGGCGGAGCGUCUCAAAGAGGAGGCACAGAAUCGGAAAGCACGCCUACAUGCCAUCAUGGAGGAGAAGAUAAAUGAGCUGAAACAGGCUGGGCUUCCUGAGAAGUACUGGAAGGAGGUGGAGAAGAAGGCUUUUUCUCUGCCUGGUGUGGUUCACUAACAGGUGGCCAGUUACAAAGAUUCUUAAAAAAUAAAAAAAUGUAAUUUAAACCCACAACACCUAGACAUUUCCUCGACAAAAAUCAAAACAGAUUGUCUGGGGUACACUUCACACUUCUUGUUCAGAUGGGUGUCUGAAACUGGUUGUGGAAACAAUGAGGGACCGCAGAUCAGGACGUUUAAUUCGUGUCUUUUCCUGUUCACAUAGUUUUUUAAUAAAAAAAGUUUUCCUUCCAACAGGUUACUGUACAUCACUUAGAGAACGGAUGACAAGCGCGAAAAAAUUUUGUGAGAUUUUACAUUUUUUUAUCUAGACACAAUCCAUUCUGUACCACUAGACAUAUCGGUGGACAUGCCGCACCUCUGGGCUAUUCUGCUGGAUUGUAUCCA